CAUGGAUAACUGAAUGAUCCCCAACCCUACGGCUCAAAGGAAUAACAUUUGACUCGGUGGGCAAAAUCAAUUUGCAUCCAGGUGAGCUCUGACAUACUUCAUCAUUGGGAAUUGUUCAAAACAAUUGCACUGCUGGAAACGGGUGUCAAACAGGAAUCGCUGCAGUGUAAAAUCUAAAGCUUUUGGCAGCUUUAGUUAUCAGGCUGGAAAUAACGCUUUGAUAUUACAGACUAAGACACCUUGGUGAUUUGAUUGUGGUUAAGUGCGGACAUUAUUUUAGGCCGCGAAGGAAACUAGUUAGUUUCGUUUUACGAGAAACAAAUUCCUCUUCAGAAGCCGUAAAAUAAGACCUUUCGACUAAUUUCAACGAGGAUUAUAAAACCAUGUUUGAAAUUUGUCGAGGACAGUCAUAAGAUGACGAUGAUUCCGACUCUCUUGAGCAAACACGAGAGGCCUUCUUGGAAGAAGGCGACAGAGCAUACAAAUAGUACGAGGGCAUCUGUUUCAAUUUGAAAACAAAUUGGAGCAAUAUUGACCAUGACAGAAAUUUCAAUGACUAAUGCGUGAAAAUUUAUUCCUAACAAGUUAUACAACCUUCGGUGAGAGAUUUAUUGAGGCCUAAGCACAAAACACUGCUUUUUUGUUUAUAAAGCUCUAAGAACCCCAUGCCAGAAAGGGGGAAAAUUGUAACAGCUUGAAAAAGAAAAUAUAGAUGACCUUCUUAAAUUAUAUUCGCCAACUUUAUAUAAAUUUCUAACCUCUAAAUAAAACAUCAUUACGGAGGUUUCCAGGUAGUUGUAAUCAGUUGAGCAAGAAAAGGUAUUUGAAGGAAAAUACCGCCCAAUGAAAGCAAGGGGAAUUUGGGCUGCAUUCACCACAUGAAUUUCGUGUUAAGAACGAAGACUCAUGAAUUAAUGUUUCCGUCAUUACGACUAUUACAGGGCUUAUUGGCCGGGCAUUGCAAGGUUUGUAAAAUAAUAGCGAAUAAAUUUUUAGAAACACUUUACUUGUAAGUGAGUAAGGAAUUGAUCAUGACUGAGCCAAGAGGAUUUUAAAAAAUUCAGAGCUCCAAGCUACAAUAAGUUAACGAUGAGCCUGUUGGACAUUGAAAGAUUCUUAAUCAGUCGAAUACGAAAAAACCUCCUACAGGCUAAUCAACCUUGUGGAAAUCUUUUUGUACGCAGCCAACAAAAGAAUAUUUUUUUGUCUUCCAACGUGAGCGCAAAAUUUAUAGUAGAAAUUAGUCGUAGUUGGUUGAAAAAAAUUAUGGUGUAUUUUCAAAUGUUUAUUCUUAUUAUAUCUCAAAAUCCCUCAAGCAAUUUCAUAAUUUGAGUUUCUCAUGUUAAGUUGCUUCUUAAAAAGCCUGGCAGUUGUUAACGUUAAAUCUUCGAGUGAAACUUAAUUUACAACGUCAAGAUUUUUCGUAACAUCCUACAGGUUAAGUUAGUACUUACAAAGUACUUUCUGCUCCUACAAAAACUUAUGAUUUAAAGAAAAUACAGUUUAGUGAGAGAAGCAUGAUGUUGCUUGGUAAUGCGGAAGACCCUUCUGAUGACGUUUAAACGAUUUCAAGCUGUCCCUGACCCUGUCUGGUCAAAUUUCACGAGAUGUCAUUUUUAAUAUCAGCACUGUGUUACCAAAAGAAAUUGCUUCACCAAAGCAAUUGAUAAUUAUGACUAGUUAGUAAAAAUAUUUUGAAAUAUGAUAUUAAGAAUUUGAAUAUAUAUAUUAUUUGUUGGCCCUCGUGAGUAAUGUUUCUAGCUAUUUGUGUUGUUUUUUCGUGUCACAGGUAUAUAAUCACAAUGUCUUUUUAUGGUCAUGUGCUCCCUCUAUACAUCUUGGUUAAUAAUCUUCCCCACGUAAGCGCAAAGACGCCUCUUUACGUAGGAGCCUUUUUUCCUCUGACGUCAGAGCACAAUGACGGAUGGACAGGCGGUAAAGGUAUUUUACCAGCUGCGCAAAUGGCGCUCGAUCACGUGAAUAAAGCCGGAGUAUUAAAGGACUAUGAGCUAAGAAUGAUUUGGAACGACACCAAAGUAAGGAUUUCCUAAAUUUGCUUUCGUUUGCACGUUAUUUUUUGUUUUAUUCUUUUCUAAUUUUUUUCCUUUUUGAUGCUGUAUUAAUUUUUAAUUUUUUUGUUUUUUUGAAGUUUGAUAGGGUACUGAUUCUCUUGGCAGCAUAAACGUUAAUUAAAGCACAAAAUAAUAGGAACUUUGUUGCUUAAUUUCGCUGGAUAACGAAAGUGAAUCGCAUUUAGAAUAGUGGAUAGAAAAGACGGGUUCUAGCACAUUAAAAAAAAAACCAGAACAGUAUCGCCAAUUUUUUUUUUUACUGACACCACUCACUACCUUCCAUAAGUCUUAGCUUACUCCAAUGUCCCACUUCACCGGAGUAAGCUAAGGCAGGAGAGAUAGUGAGUGCUGUUAAGGAAAGUUCCAGAAACUUCUGAUUUUUUUUUUUGCUGUUGUUGUUGAAAAUUUGCCAGAACCCGUCUUUUCUA